UUUUUUUUUUUUUGUCUUUCUUUUUGUUUCUUUUUCCAUCCAUUAAACAAAAACAAUGUCAACUACGCUGGACUAUUACGAAGUUCUUAAUAUUUCCGUCGACGCUGACGAUAAGCAAGUAAAAAAGGCAUACAGGAAGCUUGCCUUAAAAUACCAUCCAGAUAAAAACCAAUCUCCAGAGGCUGUUGAAAAAUUUAAAGAUAUUAGUGAGGCCUAUGAAAUAUUGUCAGAUCCCGAGAAACGCAGAGUUUACGACACUCGUAAUGAUGUACCUGAUCACCAUGAUUAUGAAUACAACCCAUUCUCUCAAUACGAGUUUCAUAGACCUGAAGAUAUAUUUGCUGAGUUUUUCAAUCACAUGAAUGGAUACGCCAGCGGCGGCGGCGGCGGAGGCGGAGGCGGCUUCCAUGAUCCUUUUUCUGCAUUUAUGAUGCCAAUGCAUACGCCUAUGAUGUCUUUUAAUGCUAGCGUUGGAUUCAACAAUCGUGGGUUUGCAGGACACGGUAUGCAAACUACACCUGCUGGUUUCAUGGCACCUCAAUUCCCUUCCAUGAUGGGACAACAAUAUGGACAACAUUCCUUCUCUUCUUCAUCUACUAGUGGAGGAGGCGGUAGCUAUUCAAAAUCCGUCUCCACAUCUACACGCAGUGUGAAUGGUGUCGUUGAAACAGUAACCAUUACAAAGAUCACAGAUGGAAAUGGUACCAAGGUGAUUGAAGAAUACGGAAAUGGCCGAACCAAAGUGAAUGGUAUCGAGCAAACUCCAGCAAAUCACAACAAAACGUUAGAGAAUAAAAUGAUGUACAAGAGAUUAACAAAGCUAAUAGGGAAAGAGAUGAAUUAAGACAGCGUAUGAUACAAGAGGUUGAAAUGAGGCGUGAACAAGAACGAUUACGAGAUCAGUGGGAAAGACAAAGACGACAUGAUUUGUUAAUGCAACGCCAGCAGGAGCAAGAACGUUUCUUUGAGUUACAACAUCAGCAAUUGAUGUUUUAUCAACAAGGAUUGCGUCAACAAGAUUAUUAUAAUAAUACUG